AUGGCCUGCUCCUCAACCAAGAAAUCUGGCGCAGGUGGUGGAUGUGCCAACUGCAGCUGUGCCUCCUCUUCCCAAGGCGCUUCGGUCAAGCUGCCUCCCAAGACCACCUCCAAGACCGAAUCCACUCCUCUCCUCUGGUCGACCACCUCCAACAACGCCUCCGAUAGCUACCUAGCGACCACCGCCUCGUCUUCCGCUUCCACGCUUAGCGCAGCCCACGAAUGUCCUGCCACCGAACAGCACGAUCCCACCUUUGUCUGCUGCCGAGACGUCGUUUCCGCCGACGAACGAACCUUGAUCGAUCCUGAUUUUGCACGUGACUGCAUCGUCGGUCUGAGCGAUGGUUUGACGGUGCCGUUCGCGCUCACUGCCGGUCUGUCUUCGACGGGUUCGACCAGGCUCGUUGUGCUGGCUGGAUUGGCGGAGCUUGUUUCGGGUGCCAUCUCGAUGGGCAUCGGUGGAUUUUUGUCGGCUCAGGCUGAAAUGAGCCAUUUCGCGUACAACCUCAAGUCGACACAGCAGAGGGUGGAGAGGUCGUGUGGAACUGAAGUCCAGCGUCAGGUGCACGAUAUUCUGAAGGGAUAUGGUAUUGCACCGGACACCUCUGCUCAGAUUGCGGCUGAGUUGACUGCCAAGGAACAGGCGCGUCGACAGGCAGAACAGAUGGCUGCCAUCCAGCAAAACCGCACAUCGAAUGCAGCCGGGCGCAAACUGUUCGGCUACAUUCCUCUGCCUUCGUCGUCUUCGGUCGUCGCUACACGCAAGCGCGUCACUUCCACGGAUGAGGAAUCGCAGCAGCUCCUCCCCGAAGCAGAUCUCGACCAAGCAGGUCUCACGCCGUUCCUGCUCAAGCUGGGCGAAGGCCUCGAGCCCGUCAGCACAUCGCGUCUCUACAUCUCGGCGCUCACCAUCGGUCUGAGCUACUUUAUCGGUGGCAUCAUCCCUCUGCUUCCGUACGUGUUCGUGCAGGAUGCGGGCAGGGCUCUGCUGCUGUCGGUGAUCAUCACGGGUGUGAUUCUGUUGGUGUUCGGUGUGGUGAAACAGAGGGUUACGGGUGGAGAGGGUGGGGUGAAGGGAUAUGCGUAUGGUGCGGUGUCGACGCUCGCUGUAGGUGGCGUGGCUGCGGGUGCUUCGUGGUUAUUGGUUGGGUUGUUGGAGGGUGGUGGUGAUGGUGGAAUUUGA